GCUUUGCCGCGAGGAAGCGUAUUUGUAAACAAUGCUAAAAAGCUAAGGGAGAAAAAUUGAGAUAGUUACGAGAGGCUUGGCUAUAUUACUGAUGUGUCGUAGUUGAUAUUUCGUUUUAAUACUGGAGGUAUUACUUUUUUCAGAGGUUUAGUUUAUUAACAGAACGCUUUUAUGUAGUAAACGGGCGAUUCGCACAUGCAUUAGCACGUUUGCUUUCAUCUGAUCUGUUCUGCUGUUUGAGAAAUAGAGUCGUAUAUGUAUUCAACAUGAUUAUUGUAAUACUUAAUUAAGGUCAAGCUCAUUUUACGUGUCCAUGGGGAAACGGAAAGACAUGAUUCACCCCAGAUUUCUAGCUGGAAACGGGGAUGAUUAUAACGUGCACAAGAAGAAACACAAAAAGCACAAGAAGCACAAAAAGAAGCACCAUCGCGAUGAUGGCCACAGUUUCUCCUCUGAGGCGCUGGAGUCAGACUCCGGGAUGCUGCUGCUUAAACCUCCUCAACUCAAGCUCAAGAUCAAACUAGGAGGUCAAACUCUGGGCACCAAGAGUGUGCCCACAUUCACUGUCAUCCCCGACUCUCUGCGCUCAGUGUCGCCUCUGAACGUAGAGAGUGAUGAUGACGAUGACGACGACGAUGAUGACGACGACUCUGAUGAUGACGUGCCGUCAGAGGGAGUUCCUAUAGAGCAGUACAGAGCCUGGCUGGAUGAAGACAGUAACCUGGACCCGUCUCCUGUGCCGGACAUGGACACCGACUCGCUGCUGGGAGGCCCGAUGGAUGAGGAGGAGCGAUGGCUGGACGCGCUGGAGAAAGGAGAGCUGGAUGAUAACGGGGAGCUGAAGAAAGAGAUCGACGAGUCUAUGCUCACAGCCAGACAGAAAGCACUCCUACAUAAGCAGCAGAGCCAGCCUUUACUGGAGCUCCCAAUGGGAUACAAAGAGAAGGAGCUGACGGCCGAGAUGAUGCAGAAACGUGAGGAGCGCGCCCGCAAGAGACGCCUUCAGGCCGCCAAGAAAGCAGAGGAGAACAAGAACCAGACCAUUGAGAGACUGACCAAAACCAGCAAGGCCAAAAUCAAGAGCAUGAAGGAGCGCAAGUCUAAGCAGGCUCAGCUGCCCAUGGUGAGGUACAGCAGUAACGCUCAGGGAGCUGCCGUCUCCUACCCCGCCGGGAUCCCCGUCCCGACGCCCGCGACCCCUCGAGCGCCUCCUCCCGCGCCCGUGAGCUGCGGCGUGUCGGGAUGCUCCAACCUGAAAAAAUACUCCUGCUCCAAGACGGGGACUCCACUGUGCAGUCUGGAGUGCUACAGGAAGAACCUGAUGCUGGUGCAGGAAGUCGCUUAAAGCGGCGUUUGUCAACGGUGUGUUUAAAUAUAACAGGUUAAUGCAAUUAUGUUGAGCAAAGUGAAAGUUCUUGGAGUAAUCGGUGUAAAAUCAUGCUGAAGUUGUAUUCAUUUUGUGCUUUCGAAGCGUAACUCAUGAAACAUACGCAGUAACACUUUACAGUAUGGUUUAAUUUGAUAAAAUUACAUUUUCUAAACUAACAGUGAACAGCUUUUUACUGCUAUUAUUAAUCUGAGGGCUGUCAAGAGAUCAAUUGUGAUUAAUCGCGAUUAAUUGCAUACAAAAUAAAAGUUUGCGUUUGCCUAAUAUAUGUGUGUGUACUGUGUGCAGUUAUUAUGUAUAUAUAAAUACAAACACAUUCAUGUAUAUAUUUAAGAAAUAUUUAGUAUAUGUAUAUUUAGUAUAAUAAGUAUGUAUUUAUUUUCAUUUUUAUAUAAUUUAUAUUAUAUAUAAAUAAAAAUAUUUUGUACAUAAAUAACAUUAUCUUAAAUAUAUACAUUAAUUUGUGUGUAUUUUUUAUAUAUAUAUAAUUACACACAAUACACACGCAUACAUUACGCAAACUCAAUUUUUUUAUUUU